CCUGUCUUUAUGCAGUCCUUACUGGAAGGAGGAAAGAAAUGAAACUACAGACUCCGAUUUACAGAUCUGCCAACAGAGAGCACCUACCUGUUGCACUAAAAAGAUGGAAGAAAGCUACCAGACAGCUGUUCGGAGAGAGAGGACUCAGAGUCUCCAGGCAUUGAACUUUGAACUGAAAUACAUGAUUGUUGGUCAUGUUACAGCUUUUCAAGAGGCCUUUGAGUCCUUGCUUCGCUUUGCUGAGAAUCACACAACUUCCCUGUUUGAGACAGCUUACCGAGCUAUGGCAAAAGAAGCUGUUGAGCCUGUCAAAGAACUUUUUACAGAUCUCUCUCUCUACAUUCUGGGCGCAGAAACUACAGUGGAAAGUGCAGUUUUACGGUUCUUCGACAGUCUCUUUCCUCUGGUGUACAGUCGGCUAAUAAACCCAGGAAUUACAGAUCUGUCAGAGGACUAUACAGAGUGUCUGCGACUAACAAGGCAAGAUAUAAAUCCCUUUGGACAUUACUCUAAAGACAUGGUUACAGAGCUGUCAAAAUCCCUUUGGGCAAGUAGGAUGCUAAGCCAGGCCCUAAAUAUGGGCACUGAAGUGAUAAAUACUACUGAACAUGCUGCCCUCACAAAGGAAUGUAGCAAAGCUCUAGUGAAGAUGCAGUACUGUCCACAUUGUCAAGGCCUGACACUAAUCAGACCUUGUGUUGGAUAUUGUCUAAAUGUAAUGAGGGGGUGUUUGGCCAGUGUGUCAGAACUGGAUAGACAAUGGAGGGAAUACAUCUCCACGCUGGAAUAUCUGAUGAAUGAAAUGUCUGGGUCGCAUGAUCUGGAACUUGCACUUCUGCAAAUCCGGAACUCAGUCAAUGAGGCCAUCCUGCACGCUCAGUUGAAUGGACCACAACUUUCUGCUACAGUUGAUAAAGUGUGCGGGCAGCCUAAAGGAAGAGAAGUGAAGCCUUCGCCAGACAACGCAGUGCAAGUGAAAGAAGUGACUGAAACACAGGCUCUCACAUUGACCCAUUCUGCUACUCUGAGCAGUAAAAGGAGUUCUCUGCCUCUGAAAGCUUCAAAGAAUGACAAAUCCAGAAGUUUGAAAAAAAUCUCUCGGGAGUUCAUCAACUACAUGAAAAGAUCCCGAACCUUUUAUGCCUCUAUUGCAGAAAGGCUUUGUGAUGGAGACCUGGUGAUGAGAGACAGCUCAACUUGCUGGAAUGGAGAGGACGUUGUGGAAAGAACUCAUGCUACAUGUUCCAGUGCUGACUCUCUGGAAGAGAAAUCCCUGACUGCCAGAGCUCAUCUCCUUUGUGAACAAGCCCAAAGUCUACCCUUGCUUACACCAUAUUAUACCAGCAGAGUUGUUUCCAAUGGAUUGAAGGCACAAGUUAAUAACCCAGAGUUGAAAGUCAGAGGAUUAGACCCUCUCAUCAGCCAUUUAAUUGACAAACUUCAGCAUUUUAACCAGAGUAUACUGAAAAAUGACAAACCACUACCAGAUACGAAGUUUAACAUCAGCCUGCUGGAUACUGAGAAGACAAAAUUGAAGUCAGAGAGAUGGGCUUCCAGAGAAGCUGGCAGUGGGGAUGGAAAAAGUGAGGAGGUGGAAUCAAGUGGGGACUGUGAUGAUGAGGAUGGCUGUCAAGGAUCUGGUGAUAGGACUCAUAUAACAGAUAUACUCAAAGAAAAGAAGACCUAUCCAGACGAUAGGAGUGAACCAAAACCAACUGUGAAAAAGAUUGACACCACAACCACCACAACCACUGUAAAGUCAUCUUCUAAACACAAUGCUGGAAACAUGGGCAAUCAAGCCACAAGUCCCUCCCUUUCCAUUAUAGCAGCACUAGCAAUUUUGUGGCAUUAUCUUUCGUAGCAGCAUUAUAUGGCAGCAACUGUGCAAACAUUUUUGUUCAUUGUCAUUUAUACCUACAGCCUUACCCAACAGAAAACAAAGUUAAAAGGCUCUCUAGUAUUAUAUGGUAUGCUAGAAUAAAUCCUAAAAAAAAUAGGCUGGGAUUGGCUGAUAGCAAGUAUCAGCACUUACAAUGUGUCUGAAGAUGGUCCUUAAUAUUAUCCACUCAAAACAUAAAAGAGAUGAUUAUAGGGGAUCUGAAUAGUUUAAAUUAUUGGAUAGAAAUAAUUAAGAACACUAAAAUUGUGAAUUUAUGUGUUGGCAUUUCUCCCAUUUUAUUCACUGAAUAAUCUGACUGGCUGUUUCUGUUUGUUAGCUUCUGAUAAAUUCAAACAGAUGAUCAGUCUGUAAGCCAAUAUAUACAUUAUUUCUCUAGUAUGUGGCUCAUAACUUAUGUCUACAGUUGUAACCCAUGGUCAAGUGAAGUACUGUCUGCCAGUUUGAUAAAAUUCCUAUCUACCAGUUUGAUAAGCGGUCAAGAAGAUCAGAGCAUGUUUGAACCUCUUGUUUUCACUCUAACUGUUUAGAUUGUAGGAAGCAAUAUACAAAACAUAUGGUGUGUCUCUAUAUCAGUAUAGUUGCCUUAACCAUUUAAUUUUUUUAAAACACUUAUGUUUAUUGAGGGGUAUGGAUAAUGAGUUUCCCUGCCCUACCAAACUACUUUACCAUAUGCUCAAGCAUAUGUUCAAGGCUUACUGAAUGAAUGUCCGACAAAAGGAAACAUAAGUAAACAUAAUAGGGUUUUAUCCAGCUGGGUGCACUUGUAUAACGAAAAAGGUUAAUUUUGAUCAAACUUAUUUUUCCUGAUUGGUGUUAAAAAGGAAUUGAAUUGUGUCAGAGAGUUGAGUUGUUUGGAUUCCUCAUACCUGUAAAGUGGUUACUAUGGAUCCCUGAAAUCCAGUAUGCUUCAUAAACCAGGUAUUAUUUAAUAACAUUUACUGUUUUCAAUUAUGAUAGCACAGUAAUAGUAAAUGUAAAAUGAUCUGCAAGCUAGAAAAUAUCUUAUGUCCCACUUUGAUUUGCUGUCCUGGAUAGUGUCAAUUCUAGAUUUUAUUGUGGUAAGAUUUUUUUUUUUAUUCAAUCAACGAUAUAUGAUGAAUUUUUUAAACUCUUGACAGAAAGGCACUAUGAUACAUAGCUUCUAGUGGGUGAGAGCUAACGUAUUUUCUGACAACUAUGUUUAUGGUGCCAUCGAAAAUACUAUACAUGCAGGACUGUAUGAAUACAGUGAUUUAAUAUGAUAAAUAUUUGAAACAUUAAGAUUGUUCUGUUUACUAAAGUUCAUAACCAAUUCAUAGUUCAAUGGACAUUUUCAUGCUGUAGACUAUUUUGUACAGUUUUAUAAGAUUUAAUGUAAAAACAUUUGCCUUUGAUUUUUUUUUGUAAAACAUCUUUAUAAAUGCUUAGAUUGACACAAGCCACAGAUUCACAAUUCAAGAGAAGGACCUCAAAUCAUAUCAACCCAGUUUUAGUAUUUUGUUGUUGACCUUGAUUAUAAAAGACAACCUAACUCAAGGAUAGUGUCAAGUGCCAGCAUAGCUAUGGUGUCAUGAUAUACAGUGACAAGAAUGAGUGGCUAAUAUAGCGUCUUAUUGUACUGAUGUGUUUUCAUGUGGAAUUAGUGAAAGUGACUAAUUGCCCUUAUACUGGCCAAGCAGGGUUUUUUGGUCUUAGAAAUCAUGUAAGCACAUACAUUUAUAAUCAAAAGCAUACAGAUGUAGUCACAGGGGCUUUUGUAUACAAGCUGAAAAUGGUCAAGUCUUGCAGAGCAGAAUUGUAAAUUUUAAUGCUGGAAUAAGACAAAAAUGAAUGAGAUGUUCCUAGAGCACUAACAUGGAGCAAUUAGUAAAAUUCUGACUUCUUGAUGUGUUAAUGCUACUAAAAUCAUUAAGUUCACAUCAUGUUAAUGAAAAAUAAUCUUGCUAACUUAAUGAAAUUUGCAGUCUUUCAAUGUUCCAGAGUUCACCAAUGCAACUAAGUGAAUGACACCAGUCUAUUCAAAUAUGUAAUAAAAAUGCCAUGGUUAUUCAUUUUGACUUCCUUGAUCUCCCUUGGAAAAGUGUAUUUUUAGCCAGCAAGUGAUUCCUUUUAACCCUUGGUAAUUCUUUACAGAUGCACAGGGCCAAAUGAGAUGUCUGUAAUAAGAGAGAGAAACAUGUCCAAUAGGUACCCAAAACUGAUUUAGACUCCAAAAUCCAAAUCAUCAGCUCAUGUAAAUCAGCUUAGCUCCACUGAAGUUGUUCACAGAUUUACAGCUGAGUAUCUGGCUUCUAAGUCAAUGCUGUCACAUGUGGAAACAUAAAUCAAUGUUAAAAUGAGUAUAUCAGCACUUCAGUAGCUCUAAUCUCUAUACUAGAUAGCAAUCUAGGAAUUCAAGAUGGGCAUUGAUUCUCCCAAAUUCCAGCUGUACUGUUUCAGGUUUUUUGAACAUCACUGUUUCUCAUUUACAGUUGGAAAGCUUGAAUAUCCAUAAUCAAGUGUAAGUUGAUAAGUGUGCUUUUUGAAAUUUACUCUUUAAUAGGCUUUGUGAUAACAGAUCAGAUCAAGAAUUCAUCUAAUCCAGUACCCUUUAGCCCUGGUAGCCAGUACCAGCUUCUUCAGAGGCAGGUGCAGAAACCCUUCAGCGGCAGGUACAGGAAGUUACGGAAUUCCUGGUAUUUUUCUUCCUACUUUAUUUUACCUAUGUGUUGGUUUAGGCCCUGAAACCUGGAGGCAUCUAUACUUCUGCUAAACAAAAACAUAUGAAAAAUUAAAUGUUUUAAUCUUUUAUUUGAUUUACAAAUUCCACAUAUAUUAAACAAGGGGACAGUUUGUAAGCACCAUGAAAGAUAACAGAACUAAAAUAAGGCUACUCAUACUUUAGGCUGAGAAAUUAAUCAGCUCACUUCAUUGGAUUUAAUCAAUAUUUUAAUAGACACAGAUUGUUACAGGGGAGAAAGAAGGAAAGAGAAAGAGAGACUACAGAGAACUCAACAUCUAUUAAUACUUUCCACACUAAUAUAACUACUCUACUGUAUUUAAUGCUGUAAGAGAGUAACGGUAAGCUGUAAGAGAGCGUGAAACAUUCAGCAUGUACAUUAGAAGUAUGUUGCAACUUUAGAGAGCCCAAAAGCACUAAAAUGCGAUGUUAUGCUAUAUAUUUUAUCUAACACUUUAGAAACAGUUUUCUUCAUGGGUGAAUUGAGUUUAUGCGUUAUAAAGGAAUAUUCUUUCUCAUGCCUCAAAUUCACAUUUUUAAAUUAAAAAACAACUGACUAUAUCAAAUAGAAAUAAAACACAAGCAACAGCUUCUUUUAAAAGCUGGAGGCACCUUGAACACAAUGAUUAAAAUAUUUUAACUUCAGAAAGAAUAUUUUAUAUUUUCUUUGUAAGUGUAAUCUAAAAUGACACCCAAUAUAAAAACUUUCCAUAAUUUUUCCUGGCAAUGGCAAUUUUUGUUGUGGCAUUUUGAAUGUUCGUUGUUUCUUAAAUGAUCUGUUUUUAGUAUUUUGCUAUCCCAGUUAUUGUGGAAGUAAAGAUUGGUAUAUUGAAAUCAGGCAUUUGUGGGUAAAAUGAGUACAGAUUUUUUUUUUAAUUAGUGGUGUGUACUACUUACCUUUAUAGGACAAAAUUGUCCUGUGAAGUAUAGCCCCUCUUCAAUACACUGCCAGUUUGUCUUGGGCCAGGAGGACUCACCCCUGUGUAAGAAUGUGUAUAGAGCCAACAGAGGACUUUGUAUAUUAUCAUUCCCUUCCUGUGGUUGUUAGUGCCUCAUGGAGAAAAGUGGACUAGGUCAGGGAACAAGGAAAGGGUACAGUCAUGAUGCCUUCUUGCAAUACUGAUCCUCCAUUGUGUUUUAACUGACAGAAGCUAAAGUUAGGGCUUUAGGCUACUGAAAAUUAGCCUUAAGCUGCUCUAAUUCAAUGUAAGGAAGCCUUACAAAGACCUGGUUCUGGACUCUGAGAAGGUGCAUGUUCAAGCAACUUUAUACAUGCCCUUUAUGACUUGCAUUCUGUGUAAAUUAGCUGCCUCCCAGAAUCUGACCCAAAAUAAUCAACUCUUAUGUUUAUUUCUGGACUCUGUUGCUAAAGUUAUAUCCUACUUCAAGAGACAAAGAUUGUUUGGGGGGGGCAGUAUCUUUUACUGGAUCAGCUGCAUGGUUGGGUUGAAGUUAGAGGAGCUUUCGAAUACAAGGUCAUUAUCAAGUCAUUUUGAAUUAUUUAGUCAUUGUUUAGAGAAACAUUGGGCUCAUUUCUGAUCAUUUCAUAGAAUCAUAAAGAAGUAGGGGUGGAAAGGACCUCCAGAGGUCAUCUAGUCCAACCCCAUGCCUGAAGAAGGAUCAUCCCUAUGUAAACCAUCCCAUAGAAACCAUAAUCUAAGCACUACAUAAGACUAUUGUGAACCCUGAAACUACACAAAUCUAACACCCUAACCUGCCACGGGUAAAUCAGGAGAACCACAGCCACCAGUGUCCGUCCUGCUUCUAUGAAAUAUUGUCAAUAUAUGCUCUAUAGAUGCCAUGUAGAGGGCUACACGAUCAGAUCUACUACAGACGAAGGCAAAACCCUCCACAGUCCAUACCAAUCUGACCAUGGGGUUAAAUUCCUUUCUGACCCAAAAUACAGCAGUUGGCCCACAAAAAAGCAAGAUCUUCUAGCCAGGAACCUCCAUCUUUGGUCCUAGCAGGAACAUUAGCACACCCCAGUCAAGGUCCCCAUUCUUGGCUGUAGCCAAUACCCAAUGCCUCUGAGGAAGGCUUAAAAACACCCUGACACAUGUCACAGAAAUUGGGGGAGGGGACAAGCAAUAUGGCCAGAAGCAUGGGUAAUACCCAUAAUAAAAACAUAGAUAUAUCUAUACCUAGAUCAUCCCUGACCGGUAGCUGUCAUCCCCCCAGAUAAGUCAACUUUUAAGGCUAAAGUCAACUUUUGAGCAAUCCUUUACUUCCAUUAUUAAGGGAAAGUAAAAGAUUGCUCAAAAGUUGACUUCAGAGCUGUGAUGUGCCUCAGUCCAAAAAUAUCAACAGUGACGUCUCCCCAAAAAUUCAAGUUUAUUCCCAAUAAUACAUACUCUGAUAUUUGUUCUAUCAGUUUCUAAAUUCUUUAAUAUGAAUUGGGUUAACUGGUAAAACACUAAAAAAUUAAAAAUUAUUCCUAUGAUAAAAGUGGGCUCUCUUAAAAUUCAUUUUGGCUUUAGACAAAAUAGAUUUCAGAGAAGUUUCUUGGAGAAUCCUGCUCAAAUGUAUAAUCUCUCUCUAAAGCUGAAAUACUCUUUUUUUUUUUAAUCGACCAUUGUACAGCAUAACCUAAUGCAUGCUUGUGAAAGACAAAUUUUUCACAUGUGAAAGACAAAUUUAUUGGUACAGGAAGGAGUAUAGAAAUAAUCAGUGUGAAAGCAUGUCUCCAUAUCAUGGGGCAGGUAUUUAAAUCUAUCUUGCCAUUGCUCUGAUAAUUCUUGGAGAACAGCAGUGUCCCAAUACUACUACAGUUCUCAGUAGAGAACACUGGAUACAGAAGAUGAGCUAAAUUUUUGUGCUGCACCUAUAUAACCAAGAUCAGUAUCAAAUCCUGAACAAUAUACACUAUCAGGGCCUUAUUGACAUCAGACAUAUUUCUAUUCUAAAGCAGCAUUACAUUAAUUUAUAUAUGGGAUCACAGUGAACUAAAAUCUACUCGUGUUUUCAUGCAGUGCUGAAAGUAGUUAAUUAAAUAGCCAGAAACAACUGUUAAUUUUUCAUUUCUGUGCAGAAUACUUUCGUACUACCUUGCACAAUUACAGUUUGCACUUUAUCAUUUCAGAUCUUCUUUAGUAAAGUUUCUAAUACUUUGUAAUUAUAAUAUUUUCAGCUAACUUAACACCACCAUAGACAAUUUUUGUUGCAUCAUAAAAGCAAUUAACAUUUAUUCAUUUAGUCUGUUCCUGGGAAUAUAUAUAUAUCUACAAUGGCCUUUCUGUACACCUAACUAGCACCUGUUUGAAGUACUCUACAGGUUAUGGACAUUUAAUCUAAAAAAAUAAAUGCAUUGCUAGUUUUAUAAAUUCUUAGCAAAUAUACACAUAUAAAUAUACUUUCAGCUAAGUAUAAAACAAUAUUUUCACUAUCUUCUGGGUUUACAAGUAAGGCUUCUAGGCUGUGAUACUGAGAAUGGGUACUGACAAGUUUCAUGCACUUUCAAAAUGGAAUUAGUCAGAAAACUCUUCCAUAAUUGAGUACAUUAUAUCAGAUUUAUAGCCUACUUUACUUUGUUAUUAUAUGAAAGAACAGUGAGACAUCAAGAACAUAUAUUCUGAUGGAAUUCUUACAUUUCUGUAUCUGCAUACACAGGAACUUAUACUGGUCAGGAUUAUAUCAAAAUUAUUGUUAUGCAGGAGUGUUAAGAAUGUUAUGCUAAAUUUGCAGGAACUGGAUCAGACUGGUUAAAUAACAUAAGGAAGCAUUUAGCAAAAUAUUUUUUUUUUAUUUAGAUGUCCAGGACAUUUAAAAAGAUUACUUUGUAUUUCAAGAAAGGAGACCUAAGAGAAACUUUCCAGCAUGAAGGCCAAUACCAAGCAUUUGCAACCACCACAUUAAAUGAAUUCUAGGAAAUUAGAGGAGUCUUGAGGCUCUCCCAUGUUUUUGCAACAUCACUUUAUAGCAAGGGGUCAGAUCCCAGGCAGUGGAAAUAGUUUGGUGACUUCAAUGGAACUAUGCCAGUGUGCCUCAUCAGAGGAUCUGGCUCAAGAAUAUGAAAUCCCUCACAGACUGUUUCAGGCACGAUUCUGAUCUCAGUUGUGCUAUUGUAAAUCAAGAGCAGCUAUACUGAUUAUAAAAUCUAUCCAAAAUUUUUCUACCAUCCUCCCCCAUAUGGUAUCUGAGCAUUCUCCAUGGAAAGUCUACAACCCCAGUCCCUCGUGGACUUAACAGAGUAUCUAGCAUGUUUCCAGUUUUGCAGUCAGCUUUCUGCUUAGGCUUGGUCGGGGGCUUUUUUGAGAAAGGAAUGUUUUUAAGCAUUGGGGACUAUUAAGAAACAUUCUUUUAUGAGCAUUGUUUAUGCCGGAAAGGCUGUCUAAAGAAGAAAGGUAUGUCCUAAGGACAUUUAGUGCUGACUUCACCUCUGGAAAAUUAUUCCAUAACUGGAUUCCCUUCUCCCAACCACCCACAUGCUUUGGCUAAGUACAGACAGUCAGAAGCCCAAGGUUAAAUUGAUUCAAUCUUGCAAGUUAGUCUAAGCUGCAUAAAUUGAACCAUUAAGCAAGUAAACAGACUUUUGGUUCUAGAAAUGCAGCCGCAUGCCUACAGUGACCCAGGCCAGAAGCCAAGGAGUUGCUAGAACAUGCCUCCACGCUCUGCUUAAGCAGACAGCUUGGGCCAAGGCUAGCACACUGACCCUGCAAGGAGGGUUUUGCAGGGGAGGUGCAAAGCAUCCUGGGAUGUUGGGGGGCUGGGAGUUAACUUGAAUCUCAAAGGGAUCUGGGACAGAAGUUCAAUAAACCAAUUUAAUCUAAAUCAGUUAAGUCUGAUAGAUGGGCAACGGGUGCCACCUGAGUCACGUGCCCCCCCAGAGGCCAAUCAGCAACCGGGGGGGGCAGUCCCCCCACAGCCAAUCUCACCAACUGGGACGCUCAAGGAGCACUCCCAAAAGUGCCAGCAGCGCUCCUGGAAGUGCCAGCGGUGCUUGACCUGGUGACCCCACUUCCCAGUCGGUGCUCGCGGGGGGGGCAGGCACCGGCACUCCCACCUCCCACCCCACCCAUCACCUACGUGGGGAGGGCUGCUUGUCAGGGGGUGCACUAGUGCUCUCAGGGGGUGCAUGUGCACCCCUGUGCACCCCCUACGUGCCACCACUGGUCUAAUACUACAUUCAUCCUGGUUUAUCUUAAACUGCUUUUGGCCAUUUUGAAAGCUAUUUACAUGCACUGAACUUCUGUUCUGUUCCAGAUUUGAACCAGUUUCUGAUCACUAAUACUGCUUUAUGUGUAAUUUCUGUCCCUAGCCUUUUACUUGAAUUCUCUGAUCUGCGUUGUCCCACAGAAGCACAGUUGUAAUAGUAGUUCACAGAACAAAAUUCAGUGUUUGAUAUAGCUGGGGCUUGAUUUAUUGCUUUGAAACUUAGGACCAAAUUUCUAAACUGGCAUUAGCUCUAACUGGGAGCCAGCUGGGUCUUGUGUUCACAGCAACUUAAGCAGUGGAGAAGGCAGAUAGCCAAAAUCCAUACCAGUUGGAGUCCAUGUAUCUUCACAUUCAGCUGCGCAUGAAAUGAGUUAUAAUAUUCUAUCAUGGGAGUGACAAAAAGGAUGAAGUUUCCUGGUGAGCUGGAAGAGAAAGAAGAUAUGUUGGAAACUGAUAUACCUGGUUGUCCUAACUUAGCAAGGGGCCAAAAAAAAAAGAAAAGGAACUUGGGGUUUGCUGUCACUAAAGAUAUGGAUUCCACUAACUACAAUGGAAUUACUCUUGAUAUAUACAAGCAUAACUGACUGGAACCUGUCAAAAAAGACCCAGCUUUUUGAGAAGGGUUUCAUUUUUGUGCAAAAUUGAGUCAAGUUCUUCCCACUUGACAUAAAAAGGAAUGCUCAUCAUGGACACUCUUCAAUUUUUUAAAUGACAAUAAUUGUGCCCAAUAAAACGUGUAUGGGCAAAAUACUUAGACAAGCAUCAUUGAUACAAUAUGGAAAAAAAGCAGGAAAAUUACAGUAAAUAAAAACAUUAAUUUGGCUAAAGCUUUUGUAAUAUGAUGUCAGUGAUGAACAAUAUGGUUGAAGCACAGUCCUAAAUUACUUUCCAGUUCUCAACUGGAAAAGGUGAUUGUAUCAGCAAUGCCACAUAGAGUAUUCAUUGUACCUCAUGUAUUAUGUGGGACAAUACUAGUCAAAAAAGGUAACUUUUACACUAAAUCUGCACCAUAAAAACAUUUAUUGCAUUUUCUGUACUCUAAUCUCGAAACUAAUACAGUAUGAAUGUUUACAAUGCAUUGAGGUAGAAGUUACAAUAAAAUUAUUGCUUCUUUGUCAUUUAGGUCUUCAAAUAAUUAUUUUAUGACUUCUUGGUCUUCUUUAGUUCAUCUUACUUUCUGGAAAUUAAUAGACCAUUUACAUUUUAUUUUACAUUUAUUGUAUUGUGGGUAUUUUAAGCUCCAAAGUAGAUUAUUUUGGCCCUAAGCUAUAUUCAAACCCUAAAAAUUAUUCAUAUCACCCAAGCACUUGUUCUAUUUUCAGUAUUUCUGCUUGUAUUUUAUUAAAUAAAUUCAUCAACUUUCUUCAGUUUGUUUUCAGCACUGAAUCUGAUAAAAGAGUUUUUAAAAAGCAGUCUGGAAUCAUUGAACAACGAACAGAAAGGCUACUUUAAACAAUUGAAAUGAACUGUGUGAUUUGUAAAAGACAGUCAGCUGUGUAUGGUAAUAAAAAUAAAUAAUCCGCAACAGGAAAGUGUGUCCUC